AUGUCAUCUCUAUUAUCAGAAGUUGAGGUUAUGGAUAACACUCUUCCUUACGUAAUAACGAAUAUUAGUGAAACUGACGAGCAAAAAAAUGAUAAACUCAAUGAAAAUAGUACCACUGAGGAUGAGGAUUCAAGUGAUUCCAAAAGGAAAAUUAUCGCACCAACUAUAGAAGAAGUAGACGAGGAUCCAGAAUCAUUACGAACUUUACGUGGUCAAGGUAGAUACUUCGGUGUAGUGGAUGAUGAAGAAGAUGGAAUUAAAGAAGCUGUACCCAAGUGUAGUAAUUGUUCACAAAGAGGUCAUUUAAAGAAAAAUUGUCCCCAUGUCAUAUGUACCUAUUGUGGUGCCAUGGAUGAUCAUUAUUCUAAACAUUGUCCAAAGGCCAUUAAAUGCGCUAAUUGUAAUGAAAAUGGUCACUAUAGAUCCCAAUGUCCACAUAAAUGGAAAAGAGUCUAUUGCACACUUUGUAACAGUAAAAAACAUUCAAGAGAGCGAUGCCCGAGCAUAUGGAGAGUCUAUUUAAUAAGGGAUGAGAAUAAAAAGACCGGCACUAGUUUACUAAAAAAAAUUCCGUUUGAUAAAAUAUUUUGUUACAAUUGUGGUUCUCAAGGUCAUUUCGGAGAUGAUUGUCAUAAUAAAAGGUCUUCUAGAGUUCCCAAUGAUGAUGGUAGUGCGUUCUCUGGCGAUAAUUUACCAAGUAAAUUAAAAAGAUCAUAUUAUAAUUAUGUUAAUGGAUUAAAACAAAACAGCAAUAAUAAUAACCAUUUUGAUUUUAAUGAUUACGAAAUUGAUGAAUCUUAUUACAGUAAUAAUAAUAACAGUAAUAGUAAUAAUAGCAAACAAAGGAAAAGAUCAAGCAGAGAUAAUGGACCAGUUUCUAAUAAAACUAGCCGUUACAACAACAACAGUAAUAAUAGCUUUAAUACAAAUAAUCAUCCAUUAGAUUUUCCACGUUCAAACAGAUAUAGUCCGAAUAAUGUCUUGAAUAACAUGCAGAAUAGCCGAUAUAAUGGAAAUAGUAGCAAUAUCAGUAUGAAUAAUAAUAAUAAUAGAAGCAGAAAUUAUAAACCGGCAAAUUAUAAAAAUUAUAACUCAUUUAAACCUUUUAGAAGUGGUACGAUAAGAAGAUAG